AUGGAAGACCUUGUGGAUCAAUUUAUGUAUGUUGUUGGCAAACACAAUCAGAAGACCUUUGUGAAGAAAAUCGUGAAGAAACCCCAGUAUCUGUUUACACUAGGUGAAAUUGCUGCUGGCCUUAAGAAAAUAAACCGAGCCCUUACACAUCUUAAACAAAACAGAGAUUGGACUCAACCAAUAGCUAGUGUGGGCCAUGUUUUUGCAACAAAUUAUGACAGCCAACAGCAACUAUAUCUUCCUGGACAUGAUUACUCAAUCUCUGAUGAUGAACUUGUGGGAUUUGGUAAAAAUAGAAAAAUAUUGAUGGGGUCACUGAAUUUGGAAAAUUGUCCAAAUCUGCAAAUCAUUUCCUUGUGGGGUAUGGGUGGUGUCGGGAAAAGCACUCUUGUCAGUAAUGUGUUCAGAAAUGAAGCAUCCAACUUUGAAUGCCAUGCUUGGGUUUCCAUCUCCCAGUCUUAUAAACUAGAUGAUAUUUGGAGAAGAAUGCUGAAAGAAAUCUAUUCUAAAGACAAGAAAGAAUUUGAUGCUGAGAAGAUGACCUGUGGAGAGUUACAAGAUGAACUGAAGGAAGUCCUGAAGACAAAGCGAUACUUGAUCAUACUGGAUGAUGUCUGGACAGCUGAAGAUUUUAUAAAAAUUAAAGAUGUUCUUGUUGAUACAAAGAUGGGAAGCAGAAUAAUAAUCACAACAAGAUCUGAUGAAGUAGCUUCACAAGCUGAUGAUGGCUACAAGAUCAAAGUUGAGCCUCUUGAGAAGGAGGAUGCAUGGCAUCUAUUCUGCAGGAAGGCAUUUCCAAGAGCUGAAAAUCACAUCUGCCCAAAAACAUUACAAAAGUGUGGUAAAUUGAUAGUUGGGAGGUGUGAUGGUUUACCAUUAGCUAUUGUGGCCAUAGGGAGCAUAUUGUCUCUUAAGGAGCAGAAUGAUACAGAGUUGAGACUAUUUGAUGCACAACUUAUUUCUGAGCUAAACAACAAUUCGAACCUAAACCAUGUAGUGAAAAUUCUGAAUCUAAGCUACAAAUACUUGCCCGACUAUUUGAAGAGUUGUUUCUUGUAUUGUACCUUGUUCCCAGAAGACCACAUGAUCCAUAGAAAAAGAUUGAUCAGACUGUGGGUUGCAGAAGGAUUUAUUGAACAAAUUGGAAAUUGCAGUUUAGAAGAUGUUGCUGAAGGUUACCUGAGAGAGCUCGUUCGACGAAGCAUGCUUCAGGUGGUAAAGAGGAACAGUUUUAACAGGAUCAGGCAUCUUCGAAUGCAUGAUCUUGUACGUGAAUUAGCCAUUUACCAAUCCAAGAGAGAGAGUUUCAGUACGACUUAUGAUGACAGUCUGGGGGUGAUGCAGGUGGAGUCAGAUUCUCGUCGCAUGUCGGUGCUCCAAUGCAAAAAUGACACCCAGCCAAGCAUAGGUCAAUGCAGGCUUCGUACCUUCAUAGCAUUUAGCACCAUCAAGGCAUCAUCUUCAUUGUUUCCCUCAGAAUCUAAGUACCUUGCUGUGUUGGAGCUAUCAGGAUUACCUAUCGAGACCAUUCCAAGUUCAAUUGGGGAGCUAUUCAACCUUAAGUAUUUGGGCCUUGACAAGACCAAGGUAAAGAUACUCCCAAAAUCUGCAGUGAACCUUCACAAUUUAGAGACAUUGAAUCUUCAAGGUGCAGAGUGUGUGAAUUUGCCAAAAGGGUUUGAAAAGUUGAAGAAGUUGCGGCACCUUCUUAUUUAUGAAUGGCUGGACAGAACAUGCACUAUUUUGGAACAUAUUGAACCUGUGGAUCCGUUUGAGGGAUUGUGGAGUAUGAAGGACUUGCAAAAUCUGGGCGUGGUUCGAGCUAGUAAAGUAUUCAUUGCCAAACUGGCAAAUUUGUCUCAGCUGAGGUGCCUUGGCAUUUCUGGGGUUAGGAGCAUCCACUGUGCACUAUUGUGCGAGUCCCUGUCAAAGAUGCACCAGCUCUCAUCAUUAGUAAUAAUGGCCAGCAACGAAGACGAAGUUCUCCAGCUCGAAACUUUGACAUUGUCAAACCGUCUUAAAAAGCUCGAAUUGCACGGGCAAUUUUCCGAAGGAACUUUGAAGUCUCCAUUUUUCUCAACCAAUGGAGAUGUACUUCACAGGAUAUAUCUAGGUUUGUCCCAGCUCUUGGAGAACCCAUUGCCGCGCCUCUCUGAAUUUUUGAGUUUGAGCGAAAUACAACUUGUAAGGGCGUAUACUGGACAUGAGCUAAACUUUCAUCCAGAGUGGUUCCUAAAUGUGAAGAUUAUUGCUUUGUCUGAUUUGCCGCAUGUCAACCAAAUAUGCAUACACGAGGGAGCUUUGGUCCGCCUUGAAAAACUUGCGAUCCAUGGCCUUGCCGAACAGCGGGACAUCCCUACCGGCCUGGAACAUCUGAAAUCCCUCAAAGAGACGUUUUUUCUUGACAUGCAUCCUGGUUUCGAAAGAAACUUUCCAGCGGCAAAACUAGAGUGUGUCCCGAGAGUCUACUACACCAUACGUACGUGCUACUACAUCCGCACACAGAAGAAGAAGAUGUUUCCUUCAACAUCAUCGGCUCGAGCGCUGGGGAAAUCUCUGGUGGUGCCGGCGGCGGACAUGUCGUCGGCCAUGGUGACCACCGCCGCGGCAGCGGGCAAGGCGAAGAUGACGGCCCUGGCGAUCACGGCGGGAGAGAGCAUGGCGGAGAUGAAGAAGAAUCUGGCACCGACCAUCGCCGCCGCCGACGAGAAAAACAACACCGGCAAGGAGAUCGUUGUCGCCGCAGCACCAGCACUGCCACCGGCACCCACACGGCCCAACAUCUUCGCCGUGAUCACCAGGCUGGCCGACCGCCCCUUCCUCAGCGCUGACGCGUCGGCGAAGCUGACGACGCUCGGGAAGAAGCUGGCAAAGAAGCUGACGGCGGAGGCGGCCCGGACCCUCAUCAAGAUGGACGUGAAGCAGCUGGUGGACGACCUCGACGCGGCGCUCCAGGCGGCCGAGCUCGCGCUGGACGACAUCGAGCACCAGCACCUGUGCCUCCAGGCGCUCAUCAUGUCGCACCAGGACGACAAGAAGAACCUGGCGAGCAAGCUGCGGUUCGGCCUCAGGCGCUCCAGCAUGAAGCUCCGGAUCGCCAAGCGCCAGGACGAGGUCGAGACCAUCGUCAACAAGGCGUACCGCCGGGUCGUCGGGUCCAAGAAGAAAUCCAAGACGCCAAAAUAUUAA